AUAACACACAUUGCCAACUUCGCUAAGAGAGUUUGUGUUCAACGAUCGACAAGGUGCAAGAAGUUAUAAUGUCAAAAACACAUAGCCCCACUGUUUUUAAUGGAGAAGCUGACAAUUUUUUUGACCCAAAUUUUUCUUUGGACAUUAACAAAAGGAUGCAAGUACCAAAGAGUAUUCGUGUGAGUGGUAACUACACAGACGAAGAAGUAACUGGUACAAAUGGUUCUAGUUGGAAUCAGAUAAUUCCAACAGAAAAAUUUGAAAUGCAUGUUCCAGACAGAAUUUUAGUUGUUGGUCAAGAACAACAUGUUGGAACAAAAGCACCACCAAGAGAAAUUACAUUAGAAAAUGCUGUCCUACCACCUGAACCAGGCAUGGUUAGAGUACAGACUCCACCAAGGAUCUUGACACUUGAUAACGAGUAUUUUCCGGUUAUUCAAGAAGAUGAACCAAAUUCAUAUUCAACAGAUGCUAGGGAUACGGUAACCUCUAAAUCUCAGGGGCAAUAUUCUAUGGAAACACAAAUAGUUAGACAUGCUAGAGAUCAAACUCCCUCAUAUAGUGCAGUUAACGUUUCUCUCCCACCUAGUGAAGAGAUGCAACAUUUACGUCGACAAGUAGGAAAAUUAAAUCGUCGAGUAAUGGCUAUUGAACUUGAGAUGUUGCAACGUCAACAGAGAGAAAAAAUUUUAUGUGCAUUAACAUUAACAUACUUGAUUCUUAAAGCUUUUUCAUGGUUGACAAGAAAUUAAGUUUCUGUUAAAAAAAAUGUAAAAGAUUUGCAUCUUGUGUAAAAAUGGUAUUGUUAAUCCAUAUACAUACAAGGUGUUCUGCAAAAGUCUCCCUUGCUCCAUGAGGAAAUUUAUAA